AUGCGCUACGCUGUCAUGGUUACCGGGCCUGCAGGAGCAGGCAAGAGCACCUUCUGCCAGGCGCUCAUUACGCAUGCCCAGACGAUCGGGAGGCAGGUCCACCUCAUUAAUCUCGACCCAGCGGCUGAGCGGUUCGAGACGCCGCCGGUGCUGGAUAUCCGCGAUCUCAUCUCGUUAGAGGACGUGAUGGAGGAGCUCGAGUUUGGGCCGAACGGCGGGCUGGUGUACUGCUUCGAAUAUCUCCUCGACAACCUCGACUGGCUCGAAGAAGAGCUUGGCUCAUACGAGGACGAGUACUUGAUCAUCGACUGCCCCGGCCAGAUCGAGCUUUACACCCACAUCCCUCUCCUCCCACAACUCGCGACCUUCCUCGACCGCAGGCUCAACUUCCGCACCUCGGCCGUCUACCUCGUCGAGAGUCAGUUCAUGCAGGACCGCGCAAAGUACUUUGCCGGUGUCCUCUCCGCCAUGUCCUGUAUGCUCUCUCUCGGUAUCCCCAUGCUCUGCCUCAUGUCCAAGAUGGACCUUGUCAAGGACGCCAAGGGACGUAUCUCGCGCGACGUCGGUCGCUACCUUGACCCAGACCCCACCCUCGUCGAGGAGGACGUGCACGCAAACACGAACCCCAAGUUCCACGGACUGAACCGCGCAGUGGCUGGGUUGAUUGAGGACCAGAAUAUCGUCAGCUUCCUCCCCCUCGACGUGACGGACGAGGAUAGUGUCAACACUGUGCUAUCGCAUAUUGACAACAUGAUGCAGUACGGCGAGGACGAGGAGCCCAAGAUGCCCAAGGACAUGGACGAGGGCGACUUUGACGACUAA